CCCAUUUCUCUCUUUACAGCGACUCUGGUCUCUAGUGGGAUUCAGUCCCUGGACCCUGAUCUCUCCCUCCUGAAGUCAUUGCUCUCCACUAUGGACCAGGCUCCCCAGGGGUCUCUCAGUCGCUCACAGUUCUCUGCAUUUCUGGCCAAUAUUUCUUCUUCCUUUGAGUCUGGGAGAAUGGGGGAGGGACCUGUGGGGGAGCCCCCACCUCUCCAGUCCCCUGCCCUCCGGCUCCAUGACUUCCUAGUGACACUGAGAGGCAGCCCAGACUGGGAACCAAUGCUAGGGCUGCUGGGGGAUGUGCUGGCACUGCUGGGGCAGGAGCAGACCCCCAGGGACUUCCUGGGGCACCAGGCAGGUGUGCUGGGUGGACUCGCAGAGGUGCUACUAGGAGCCUUAGUUCCCAUAGGACCCCCUACCCCUACCCGGCCCCCCUGUAUCCGUGAUGGGCCCUCUGACUGCGUCCUGGUGGCUGACUGGUUGCCUUCUCUGCUGUUGUUGUUAGAGGGUACACGCUGGCAGGCCCUGGUACAGGUGCAGCCCAGUGUGGACCCCACCAAUGCCACAGGCCUUGAUGGGAGGGAGCCAGCACCCCACUUUUUGCAGGGUCUGUUGGGUUUGCUCACCCCAGUAGGGGAACUGGGCUCUGAAGAGGCUCUUUGGGGAGGUCUGCUGCGCACAGUGGGGGCCCCGCUCUAUGCUGCCUUCCAGGAGGGGCUGCUCCGUGUCACUGAUUCCCUACGGAAUGAAGUCUUCUCCAUUCUGGGGCAACCAGAGCCUGAUGCCAAUGGGCAGUGCCAGGGAGGCAACCUUCGGCAGCUGCUCUUAUGGUAAGUAACUCUCUUACCAGGAGAGGAGUUCUGAUUGGGCCUGGGAAGUCAUCAGACUCCAGAGUAGAGGAGGAAACUGAUGGGAGGGGGGUUGUUUGGUGGUUUUGGAAUGUGACUAUCUGGGUUGGUAUCCCAGCUCUACUUUUGCCUCAGUUUCCCCACUUAUAAAAUAUAGAUAAUUAUUAGCUACCACAGAGUUGUUGAAAGGGAUUGAACGGGUUGAGACCGUAUGUGUAAGCCACCUAGAACUGUGCUUCCCGCAUAGUGUUUAAUAAAUGUUACCUAAUAAAGAUGGACUAUGGAAAGAAAGGAUGAGACUGGAUUCUUCUGUCCCUUACUAUUUCAGUAUACGUGCUACUGAAGUGAGCACUUUUACUAUUCAAUACAACAGUGCCAGAGCAUAGUUAGACUUACUCAGUUGCUGGGCAGAUUUCCUGAU